AAACUAAUGUGGCAUCCUUCGAAAACAGCUGUUGAAACAACAAAAAAUUACGCCGACUAUGGGACAUUUGGUGAUUUUUACGUAAAAUGUUUUUUCGAUCGUUUUCGCGUUUUCAUGGGUCAAUAGCACGCAGCCACUAUAGCAGCACGCGGCGGUUUAGAUUAGCUGUAGGACAACCACUUCCAAAUUGUGCGCCAGUAUCCUCAACAGCUCAUAUUGAAAAUGGAACAAGACGUAGUUUUUACACCUGUGAUGUGCUGAUGAAGCGCCGAAAAACUGUCGAAGAAAAGAAAUCAGUUCGCAUAAUUGAAUACUCGCCCAAAAAGAAAAAAGGUGUUGCAAAACUGGAAGGUGUAGUUGAUAUUUGGCGACACAUCUCGGUUCAAGAACUGGCAGAUUCUCUACAGCGUUCGUUGGAUGAUGUACAGGAGGCUAUGUUGUAUGUAAAAGGUGCAGACAAUAUUGAACCACAUGCGCGUUUGGAUGACCUCAAAAUCAUUCAAGAAAUUUGUAAUAAAUGUGGAGUAAAGUCACGCAUUGUUUCCACACCUGUUGAAGAACAUGAUGACGACACAGAUUUAGGCAAGUAUCAUGAUGUGACACCCCGUCCGCCAGCACCACCAGAAUUUUUAAAACCGCGGCCACCAGUUGUCACCGUUAUGGGUCAUGUAGAUCAUGGCAAAACAACUCUUUUAGAUUCCCUGCGUGGUGCAGCUGUAGCCGCUGGCGAAGCUGGUGGCAUUACUCAACACAUCGGUGCCUUCACUGUUAAACUUGCCAAUGGCGAACAGGUAACGUUCCUCGAUACACCGGGUCAUGCGGCUUUUAGUGCCAUGCGUGCGCGUGGUGCACAUGUCACGGAUAUAAUUGUGUUGGUUGUAGCGGCCGAAGAUGGAGUAAUGGCGCAAACUCGUGAAGUCAUACAAUUGGCGCUAAAUGAAAAUGUGCCAAUAAUUGUAGCUAUUAAUAAAAUUGAUAAACCAGAAGCCAAUAUUGAAAAAACAAAGCGAGAUUUAAUGCAAAUGGGAUUAGUGUUGGAGGAUGAAGGUGGUGACAUACAAGCCAUUCCCAUUUCUGCGUUGAAAGGCACAAAUUUAGAACUCCUAACAGAAGCUGUUAGCACGCAAGCGACUAUAAUGGGUCUGAAAGCAGAUCCAACUGGACUGAUUGAAGGCGUUGUAGUAGAAUCUAAAACAGAUUCACAUCGAGGAAAGCUCUCCACUGCAAUUGUAACGCGUGGCACGUUACGAAAAGGAGCUGUACUUGUGAGUGGAUUGGCGCAUGCCAAAGUGCGCGGUCUCUUUGAUCACAAUGGUAAGCCUAUGACGCAGGCUCCACCCGGAACGCCAGUUGAAAUUUUAGGUUGGCGUGAGCUGCCAUUUGCUGGUGAUAUUAUACUUGAAGUGGAAUCCGAGAAAAAGGCGCAUUCCGUUUUGCGUUGGCGUGAGCACGAGUCGAAAAAUCACAAGGCAGAAGAAGCUAUUGAAGAAAUUCGGAAGAAAGAGGAAGAACACUUGGCAAAGUACCGGGCCGAGCGAGAUGCGCGGCGAUUGGCUGGCAAAUUUCGGAUGAGGUACGGUCCACGAGAGAAAGAAACUACUGAACAUGAUGGCGUUCCACGCGUAAGUAUUAUUGUCAAGGGUGAUGUGCACGGGUCUGUGGAGGCAUUACUCGAUGUCUUCGACACCUAUACUAACCAUGAGCGUUGCCGCCUCGACGUUGUGCACUAUGGUGUAGGAAAUGUGACAGAAGGAGAUAUUGAACUGGCUAAAGCGUUCAAUGCCAUUAUCUAUGGAUUUUCGGUGCCUGCGCCACCAAACGCACCUAAAGAUGUGACCAUACGAUGCUAUGACGUCAUUUAUCGUCUUAUAGAUGAUCUGAAAAAUGAGCUUAGCAGCAAACUGCCUGCGAUUGAAGUAGACGAAAUAGUGGGCGAAGCUAAUGUAUUACAACAAUUCUUCAUCAACGAAGGACGCAAAGAAGUGCCUGUGGCAGGCUGUCGCUGUGUGAAGGGCGUAUUGAAAAAAGCGCAGAAAUUCCGCUUGGUACGUGACGGCGAGACCAUCUAUGAGGGACAUUUGGAGUCAAUGCGUCAUUUGAAAAACGAAGUUGAUACAAUCAAAAAAGAUGUGGAAUGUGGUUUGCGUUUCAAAGACACUAAAGUCGUACCGCAAGUGGGCGAUAUCAUUGUGUGCUAUACAACACGCAUGGAAGAGCAACAGACAGAUUGGGAUCCAGGUUUUUAAACAUGCCAAAAAUGUGAUUUGCGCAAAAGUUGCUU